UGCCGACACUUUUCAUCGCCGACCACGUCGCAAACGCCAGCACAACUUCAGAAUGCGACGAAAAGGCGACUUCUAAGUUGUUCGACCUGCCGGGGAAACGGGGCCUCUGGAUCUCCAGUUUCAACCAGUUAACCAACUCGCGGGAAGCAAGCGUUCACCGCCGUACAGGGUUCGACAAGCUGCAUGCUGUGAUUGCAAGUGGAGCUAUGCACAACUCUGGCGAGCGCUUCGAUCCUCCAAAGUGCUAUCCAGGAACUCGAGUGACUGUCAUCCAGCAUCUGCUCGAUUGGAUUCUCCGACGCCACGAGACGGAAUUCAUGAGGUGGCUCUACGGACCAGCUGGCGCUGGGAAGUCGGCGAUCAUGCAAGAAAUUGCAGAGCUCUGUUGUUCGAGGGGAGUUCUCAUCGCCAGCUUCUUUUUCUCGAGGACGGCGCCUAUGCGCAGCGACGAAAAGCGGCUUGUCACAACCAUUGCAUACCAGCUUGGCCUUGCCAUACCUGAGGUCAAACCACUCAUCGAGAAAGAAAUCGAUGCCGACCCUGCUUUUUUCGAGAAAAGUCUGCAAUUCCAGUUGGAUUUGUUGGUCGUUGGACCCCUCAAUCGCCUGUACUGCACCGCCAAUAUGCAUUCCACGCCACGCCCUUACUUAAUAGCCAUCGACGGUCUCGAUGAAUGUCAUGGGCAUGACAUGCAGCGAUACAUUCUAAAAUGCCUUCAAAUGGCCACUAUGAAUUGCAAGUUCCAGCUCAUGAUUCUGAUUUCGAGCCGCCCGGAGUCACAUAUUCUGGCCACCGUCAACUCCCCUUCGUUCAAGCCGUGUACUGUUCGAACAGCUCUCGACGACUCCUAUCUACCCGAGGGCGACAUUUCAUUAUUCUCGAGGGGAGUAUACGCGAGAUCAAGGACAAUCAUCCGCUCCGAGACUAUUUACCUCGUCAUAUACGCAGCUACAGCAGUCAAAUUCAUCUCUGCCAUUGAUGCUCGUCCAGAUGAUCGCUUGGAUGCUGUACUCAGCCACUCUCCGAGUAGCGUCCAAGAGCAUCCGUUUUCUGAAUUGGACGCCCUUUAUUCCCAGAUUUUCUUAGCCCUCGAUGAUAUCGAAAUUGGUCUCCAAAUCAUUUCCCAUCUCAUUCUUCCAGUUGUACAAUGGACGGACGAUACCUUUUCAGUCCGAAAUAUUGAAAGGUUCCUCGACCUACGGGAGGGCAUAGCAUUUGUGAUCCUCAGCAAACUGGCAUCGGUGAUUCAAACACCCCAGGCCGACGAUGAACCUGUAAGGAUCUUGCAUGCGUCUUUGCAGGAUUAUCUCCUCGACGAGCAGCGUUCAGGGGGAUACUUUAUCGAUGCGUCCAAGGCGCAUUCAUACCUCGCCUCCAUGCAAGCUAAGGUUGUAGAACCGUGGCUGCUGUGCUUUGCACAUGACAGCCUCGAGGGCCAUUGUCACAGUGCAGGGCCGUCAGAAUCACUCGCGACGGGUUUUCUAAGCCUGGAUCUCUUCCAGGUGGUCAAGAAUUUAAUCCAGAGUGGAGCGCGAUCACAGUUCCUGGAAUCCUGGGAUAUCGUGCUUACAACGCUGAGAGAGUAUCUAGCAUGCAGCCAACUUAUUACGGUGCCGAACGGCCUGAGCAUCGAACCUGCCUGUCGAUGCAAUGUGGAGAAUUUCAUCAGGUCUCAAGUCCAAUUUUAUCGGUCAACUGCACCGAAACUUCUGCACCUCUUGACCGUUUACCUCAUCUACCCCGCCUCCAUAUUCAACAACGAUUCUUUGGUCUUUCGAUGCCAAAAUCCAGCGACUACUAUCACCUGGAUCGACUACCUCUUCGGAUUCACUAGUUUACUUGACGAAAUUCCAUUGGAUCUAUCGGUGCUGAACGUUCGCCGCUUCAUGCGUAAGAAUAAGACAGAUCACGUAUACCGCCCUUUCUUCAAUAAGAUCGUUACCGGAGAAGACUUCGCACACACCGCGGCGGAGUGCAGGUUCGAUGAAACUUCGACGAAGGACGACGUCUUGGACCCACUUUUGGAAGCCAUUGAAGAAGGCCUAGAAUAUCGAAAUCGCACUCUUUCAUACAUGAAACGAGAAGGCUACGAAUUCGUGUUGAAGUGCCUCCCUCGUCUUCUGCAACGUGCUGAAAGCAACCCGCAUCUACUCAUUAUCGAGAAUACUACUUUCCCACCUCCCGAAAUUCAUCUUGAGUCGCUUCUGGCGACCGCGCUUGGGGCUAUCGCUAGUUAUAAAGAGGGAUGUGGCCCUAGAGUAAGAGGCCAAUCAAAGCUCGAAGAGGGUGUGGUCGGUGAUCAAGAGGGUUUGGGGGCCUCAUCUCAUCCGAAUUUCUCUUUCAUCGUCGUGCUAAUUAUUGCUCUUCAACCCGAGCCUGAGCCCCCGAAUAUCAUUCUACGUCUCCCGAAGGUCUUCGAGCACAUGAUGCAUGCCGCUGGCACUCCCAUCCACUUCGCGACAGGUCAGUUUGCCAGUCAGACUAUGCGCCUCGAGCUCGUGGAGAUUCAAAAAGCCAACCUUGGCCGACGGUCUACUGGAAACGACCGCCAAGUGAUCGACCCGCCUCCUGUCAUCCGCCUCCGUCUCUUUCGUGUCGAGGACGCUGGUACGGCUCAACAAACCGAAGCAGAGAUAAAUUACGAGACUGUCCAGGUGGUCGGCUUCCUCUGCACAAUCGACUUGUUCCCGGUCCCGGCUCCAGGCUCUCAGGGGACUAUUACGGAAGCAUCGAAGCAGACACAAGCGCUCGCCGGCACAACCUUCGUGCAGCCGGCGAUUGUCGACCACCACGGGCACAAGUCACUUCUGUUCACCCUUGGGGACCUCUCGGUGAAGAACGAAGGGACUUUCAUCCUCCGCUAUCGCGUCUUUGACGUUCUCUCGACCCCACUCGUUCAGCAGAACAAUCUGGGGUUCAUCGCGGAGGCGUACAGCAGCCCCUUCCGCGUGUAUUCAAACGCAGAAUUUCCAGGUUUCGCGCCGUCAACUGAGUUGACCAAGGAACUCUCCCGAUCAGGUGUUAAGGUGAAGGUUCGAGAAGCGGAGAAGGUACAGCAGAGGACGUAAU